AUGUUCUACGAUCCGUCUUUGCUGGCCAAGACCGGGCCUUUGGCUCGCGUCUGGCUCGCGUCAAACGUCGAACGAAAGCUUUCCAAGUCGCAGAUUCUUCAGUCAGAUAUCCCCGGCAGUGUGGGAGCCAUAGUUGACCGCGGCGAUGAGCCCAUGGCCCUGCGGCUGAGCGGCCAGCUUAUGCUGGGGGUGGUGCGCAUUUACGGGAGGAAGGCGAGGUAUUUACUGGAUGAUUGCAACGAAACACUGGUCAAGAUUCGCAUGACCUUCAAGUCAACAAACAACCAUGAUCUGCCUGCUCAUGCGACAACCACAGUCGACUUGAAUCUGCCAGAAUUGUUGACCAUUGACGACCUGUUUUCCACCAUGGAUUUCGCCUUCCCCAUGACUCAACAACCCACACUAUCUGCACCUGACACACAGGAUCUGGAUGAGGACUGGACUAGCAGUCUCAAUCCACAGCAGAGCAGCACUCAGUCUAUGCUUACACCCGGCGAGGAGCCACUGUACAAUGAAGAUGAUCUCAACUUGAACUUCGGGGAUGGCGACGAGAUGGAUCUCAAUGAGACGACUGUGAGCAUGAACAUUGGCCGAGAAGCUCCAACGCCCAAGGCCGAUCAUGGCGACCUGCUCGCGGAGGAGGGCCUCAUCCACGACGACGGGGAUCUCAACUUGGAUUUUGGAGAGGACGUUGAAAUGGCGGACGAUGCUGAGUCGCCUCGCCUAGCCGAAGAACCCCUCGCAGAUGUCAUACCUGAUGCACCGUUGGACUUUGGUGACGACGAGACUCUGAAGCUGCGAGAAGCUGCGGAAGCCGAGGCCCGCCGAAGAGACACAGACUCUCCUCUUUCAGAUGCUGAGUCCGAUGUCUUACGCAACCUAGAUCAGACUUUUCAAAACCUGAACACUGAGGAAGAUGUGGAGGAAGUUGCGGUCCAGCAACGCCAGAGAAGUCGGAAGCAGAAACCCCUCGCCCCCGAUGUCGAAACGGUCCUGCACAACAGGCAGAUCAAAGCCCAGGCAGAGGAUCGAUCGAAAAUCCUGCGUGCUCCAUCCUUCCUUCCCCGCGAUCCUAUCCUCCUCACUCUCAUGAACAUGCAGAAGAACGGCGAUUUUGUAAGCAAUGCUAUGAAUGACGGCCGAUCGAGAAACUGGGCUCCCGAAUUACAGGGUUUGUUGUCCUUCGAAAUGUUCAUGGGAUCUGGUGAACGCAAGCGUAAGCGAGACAGUGGCAUUGGCGGGUUGAGUGAGGAUGAGCACAACGAGAAAUCCCCUCGGUUGGAAGGUCCUGAUGAUCUCGUGGAAGAUGAAGGCGUGCAAAUCGAAGAAUUUGAAGCCCAGGUCCCCCAGAUCCCUGCCGAUGAUGGAGUUCAGCCACUUAUUGGUGAUGGCGCGCCGGGGUUAGAGGAUAUUGUACUCGGGGAGGACGAUGCAGGUAUUUUCGACGGCGAAGACACGUUCGACGAGACGACGGUGCCACUGCUUCACCCUUCAGAAAGCGGCCCUGUCUCGCUUGGCACCAAACAUGCUGUUCACUUACUGCGAGAGCAUUUGGGUGGUGCAGAUGGCUCUCAGACUUCGUCACCUGCGAAGAAAUCUGUGCUCCUUACUGAGCUUGUUCCUGAGGGCCGAACCAGCAAGGAAGAUGCGACCAAGAUGUUCUUUGAGGUACUUGUGCUGGCGACGAAAGACGCCAUCAAGGUCGAGCAGCCGAUAGACAAAGCCAACAAGGAAAUGGGUCUGCCUCUGAGAAUUCGAGCAAAGAGAGGACUAUGGGGCAGCUGGGCUGAGACGAGCCCAGGCGAUGAUCCGGCAGCGGCAUCACAGCAAGUCGAGGUUGGCGCAUGA